AUGUCGACACCCAAUCGGGAGCCCCCUUUCAAUUCUCCUCCCACCUCCAGCAGAUCAAGUCUCGACGCACAGUCGCCCACUGGCGCCUCCAGAACAACGUCACUGCGCAUCCCCUCCAUGCCCAGCGCCGCCGCUCAACACCGCCAGAGUUUUAACGAACUACGCGGCCAUCCUCCCUCCCCUCGAUCACAGCGGCAGCCUUCCCUCUCGCAGCUGGCUGUUCAAGAACUCAUCGACAAUCCUCCAAUGAAGAACCCAGAUCCCAAAUUCGCAGGUCGCGACUGGACCACCAUCAAAAUCAAAGAGCUAGUCAGCCCAGAUGACCUCCGAUUUGUGGACAAUGACACGGCAGUGGAAGCCGCUACAAAGAUUCUGGUCGAGUCAGCGGCCCCUGCUCUCCUCGUUCGCGAAAAUGCUGGCUCGCCUGUCAUUGGAACAUUCGACUAUCGCGACCUCAAUGCCUACCUGCUGUUGGUUGUAGGACUGAUUAAGCCCGAUGACAACGACCGCGCAGAAGAGCUCCAGAGAUUGGCUCAGCAAGCACGAGAAGGAAAGGCCAUGCAUCUUCGAGAUAUCAAAGAGCUCAGCAAGAAAGAACCCUUGACAUUCCUGAGCCAGGAGUCGGAUUUGCUCAAGGCGAUAGAGACGUUCGGCAAGGGUGUCCAUCGCGUUGUGGUCGUGGAUGAAACGACCAAAGAGGCAACGGGGGUGCUGAGUCAAACACGACUGAUCAGGUUCCUCUGGGAUUAUGGCAGGAGUUUCCCGGUUUUGGAUCAAUUGUAUACGCAGCACUUGCGCGAUCUCAAGAUUGGAUCCAACGACGUCGUGGCGAUCAAUGGCGACCGACCUCUAGCAGAGGCCCUCAUCCUGCUCUGGACAGAAGGGGUUUCCUCUUUGGCAGUGGUCGACCACAACUACAAUGUGAUCGGAAACAUCUCCAACAUCGACGUGAAGCUGCUCACCAAGUCCACCUCUCUGCCUCUGCUGCGAAACACCUGCAUCCAUUUCAUCACCGUUAUCCUCUCCACGCGAGGCAUGCACGAAGGAAAAGACUCGUUCCCUGUCUUCCAUGUCACCCCGCUGUCGACGCUCGCGUAUACAGUCGCGAAACUCGUCGCCACCAAGUCUCAUCGCCUGUGGAUCACGGAUCCUGCCUCGCCAGUCUCCUCGGGCCCACCCACGCCCUCGAUUCACUCCGCGACGGUCGCCCCAACUUCGAGCCAUGCCUCCUCCGUCUUCACGGGCAGCGGAGCACAGCCUGUACCAGCUUCGACAGCCUCCGAUCCUUCUUCGACCUCUAUUGCCGAUCCUUCCCCGAAAGCGCCCUUCAUCGCGCCGACCGGGCCUAGCAUCUCCGCCUCUUCGUUGCCUGGUGCCCGUAUCUCCGGCCGUCUCGUCGGCGUCGUGAGCCUUACGGACAUUCUGAUUCUUUUCGCCCGCGCUGGUGGGAUGGGUGAUGUCGCCGACCCAAAUGAAAUUCGCAUGAGACGCCGCCGCAGCAGUUCGAGCAGUGUGAGGAAAAGCUUUGACCUAGGCCCGCGUCCGUCAUUGACUGGGCAAGGAUCGAGUUUGUCGCGGGCGUCGGGGGAACAUUCCAGAUCUCGGAGAAGUAGUGCCGCAGGGGCUGCACCACCGGGAAAUGGAGCUGGAAAGGGAUGA